CUUCUGUUUUUCCCAACCCGUGUGGUUGUAGGCAUUCCAAGUCCAGUUUUACUUAUCCAUUUUCUUCGAAUCAGAUACGUGUUUUAGCGAGCUAAGAAUGUCAAAGAAAAGGAGCGUUGGCGAUCUGAAGGGAGCAGAUCUGAAGGGGAAGAAGGUGUUUGUUAGGGUAGAUCUAAACGUACCGCUCGAUGACAACCUCAAGAUCACCGACGACACCAGGAUCAGGGCCGCUGUUCCCACCAUCAAUUACUUGAGGGAGCACGGAGCCAAGGUGCUUCUCUGCAGUCAUCUGGGUCGCCCUAAAGGUGUCACUCCAAAGUACAGCUUGAAGCCUCUUGUGCCUAGGAUAUCAGAACUUCUUGGAGUUGAUGUUGAGAUGGCCAAUGAUUCCAUUGGUGAGGAAGUGGAGAAAAUCAUUGCUGCUUUGCCCGAUGGAGGCGUUGUCCUCCUUGAAAAUGUGAGGUUCUAUAAGGAAGAAGAGAAGAAUGAUCCAGAGUUCGCAAAGAAACUUGCUUCUCUUGCUGAUCUCUAUGUUAAUGAUGCCUUCGGAACUGCUCACAGAGCUCAUGCUUCAACAGAGGGUGUAACAAAGUACUUGAAGCCUGCUGUUGCUGGCUUUCUCAUGCAGAAGGAACUUGAUUACCUUGUUGGAGCAGUUGGAAAUCCUAAGCGACCUUUUGCUGCCAUUGUUGGUGGCUCAAAAGUUUCAACUAAGAUUGGGGUGAUGGAGUCACUCUUAGAGAAAGUUGAUAUCCUUCUUCUUGGAGGGGGAAUGAUAUUCACUUUCUACAAGGCACAAGGGCAUGGUGUUGGAUCCUCUCUUGUUGAGGAAGAUAAACUUGGUCUAGCAACAGCUCUUAUUGAGAAGGCAAAGCUGAAAGGAGUGUCACUCCUAUUACCUACUGAUGUCGUUGCUGCCGAUAAGUUUGCUGCAGAUGCCAACAGCAAGAUUGUCCCAGCAUCUGCUAUCCCUGAUGGCUGGAUGGGACUUGACAUUGGGCCAGAUUCCAUUGACACAUUCAGUGAGGCUCUUGAGAGUGCUAAAACCAUAAUCUGGAAUGGACCUAUGGGUGUUUUUGAGUUUGAGAAGUUCGCAGUUGGAACAGAUGCUAUUGCGAAGAAAUUGGCUGAUCUUAGUGGAAAAGGUGUCACGACUAUCAUCGGCGGCGGCGACUCUGUUGCUGCUGUAGAGAAAGCUGGGCUUGCUGAUAAGAUGAGCCAUAUCUCUACCGGCGGUGGUGCGAGCUUGGAGCUUUUGGAAGGAAAAUCGCUGCCCGGUGUUCUCGCCCUUGAUGACGCCUGAACCUCGGCUGGACAUUGAUGGCUUUUUUUGAGAGAAUUUUGUGAGUUAUUAAACAAACUUUUUUUGCAGCUGCGCUCCUCCUUUAUCUGUUGACGUUUUUUAGAAAUAAGUGGAGGUAUUUGGUUGCUUCAGUGAUGAAGUUCUUGGAACCAUUGCGCUUUGUUUUUAUAUUGAAGGAUUUUGUUGUUGAUGACUGCUAUCUAAGGAGUAUUAUGUGGAAGCAGCAUUUAUAACUUUUCAA